AUGGAGGAUGGUGCGCAAAAGUUCACCCGGCGCCCAAAAGCUCUUCUGAACGAUCUUAUAACUCACCAAGUAGGCCAGGUGGAACCUGGAGUGCCUCAGCUGAAUACUAAUGUGGAGGUCCGAUCUCAAUUGUUCCAGUCCUUCAUAGACAGAUAUCUGCCCCAGUCACAAUAUAUACGCGACAGGACGGGGAAGAAUAUUCUUCAGACCCUUCCAGAUCUCUCUGGGAGCAGCCUGCUUCUAGACAAAGCGGUUGUCGCUCUCUCAACGGCUUUUUUGGCAAAACAAAAUCAAGAUAGACAUUUACUGCAGAACAGCACUAAAAUCUACGGGAAUGCCAUUCAGAUGCUGUAUGGUAAGAUAAGCUCGGGAAGAGCUCUCGGCAAAGAUGCCUUUGUUCUGGACAAGAUGAUGAGACCGCUGCCUCAAGGCUCUUUCGUCGUCAACUCAAGUUCGUCACUAGGAGAAACUCCAUCGAAUCUGUUGCAGGAUGCAGAAGGAACUCGGGAAGCCUUCAGUAUCACCUGCUAA